AUGGUUAACAAACAGAAAAAGAGGAAAAUUAAUAAAGAUACAAAUGAAGAUACGCAGUCUUCAAAGAAUAUUCUAAAUGUGGGCGAAACAUCAGCCGAAAUACAUGUUGAAUACGAACUCCUCCCAAACUUUAAUUUUAAGUUCGAUUGUCGUUGUUGGGAAACGGCUGCAAAGAUUUACACUGAAAAUAAUGAAUGGUGCUUGAAAUCCAUACCAUGUACGAUUAAAGAGAAAACUUGUUGGAUCAUAUUUUCUGUUCAUCAUUUAGUUUACUUGAAUGAACCACAGUUAAGAAAAUUUUUCAAUUACGUAAUCGUGUUCCAUAUAUUUUGUGGGAGGCAAAAGUUAUCUGAAAGAGCUAAGCAGGACAAGGUAAAGGGAUUUUAUAUUGAUGAUGAUUUCCUUGAUACAAAAGGAGAAGAAUUCCUUGAAAUACAUCCUCUCAAUUCUACCUCUAAAUCUUCAAUCCCAUCAUUUCCUGAACCAAUGAUCAUUUCACAUGAAGAUUAUGGUGAUUUUAAUAUUACUACAUACCUCGAAGCAAUACCAGAUCGCAUACAUGAAUAUUAUUUUCGAAAGAUGUUGAGAAAGAAAUGUUUUCCACCUGUGACUUUAAAUUUCGAAGAACUAGUUUCGUCAACACCAAGAGGUACAUCGAUAUCGUCGAAACGAACUAAAAAAUAUGCAAAUAAUAAAACCAAGAAGCCAGAUAAAAAAAGCAAGCGGAGUUCUGGUACAGAAUCGUUCGAAAUACAUUUGCCUGCUGAAGUCUUAUUCUCUGAUACAGGUACAGUUACCAAGUACCAUCACAUGGCAGACCGAAACAUUUCGUCUAUCUUAAUUUACGCGCAAUGCGCGAAUAUUUUAUCGGACAAGCAAGUACGAAUGAAUCUGAAUCCCAUAUCUAUUAAAUUGGAACAACUAUCAAAUCUACCCAUUGAUAUAAUAAGAGAAAACGGUUUCAAGUGUCUGUAUGCAAAGAUUCUCUUUGCACAUCGCACGUUUGUUACACCGCAUUAUAUUCCGGAUAAAACGAUGUGUUUCGAAUUUAUCAAAUGUUUGCUUUGCGAAGAAUUUCAAUCAGAGGAGAUAAUUAAUUUCCUUAAUACACAAUUCCUUACCGUUGAGAUAAUUGGCAUACGAAAAGUCAACGAGGCAAUCUCUAAUGAAGUUUUAUUAGGUGUUACCGAAUUCGAUGUAUCCGAUCUUUUGCGAGGAUUUUGGGACGUGAGGCUGACGAACGCGUUGAUGCAUCCGCGUAACAUUUUUCCCGCUCAAAUCGAUGCAAAUGUAGAAACAGGAGAAAUCUCGUGGAAGAAUUCACCGCUUACCGCUGAUGUUCUCACGUCGUACAGUACACUGGCACCGAGCGUACUAAGGCACGUUUUAACAGGUUUCGUUAUUCAAGACUGCGAGAGAUUCUACAUUUUUCUCGAGGGUUUAUCGAAUGGGUAUUUGUUGAAAAUUUGGGAGAAAUUGGCAAAGCUUCCUAUUCAACAGAAGUGCAUUUAUUAUAACAGCAAUUAUGUAUUUGUUACGCGAUUUUACGAAGACUUCAUAUCUUUAGGUGGAAUCGUCUACAUUAAAUUGAGCGAGUGUUUGGAAUUACAACUUCGUAAUCAUAACUUCUAUAUUGGUGAAACGAAAACGACGCUUCAGGCAACAACCAUCAGAAAAUUAGGAUUAAUCAAUCUAGCUUUAACAAUGAAAUCUUUGUGUCAGACACGUUUAUUUCCAGAGCCAAAAGAUGUAAAAGCAUUUAUUGAUAAUAUUCGUAAGAUAGACGAAUCGACAAAUGGCAAAUAA